UGUUAAUUAGUUUCGAACAAUAUUUUUUUAUUUAGGAUCAUUUGGAAGUUUGCCUCAAGUUCCCGAUCGAUUGUAUCUUAUGCUGUGGGAAAGAGACCAUACCACGUGACAUGAUGGAAGAGCACGUGACUACAGAAUGCCCCAAGGCGGAAGUGAUUUGCCCUUUUACUCUUCACGGUUGUAAUUUCAAAGGAAAGAAGGAUACACUUGAUGAGCACAUCAAGGACAGUUUGAGGAUCCACUUGGAUAUGAUGAACCAAUCAGCCCAGGAAUGCCACACCAGAAACCAGGAACUAGAAAGAAACGUGUCUUGUCUACAAACUGAGAAGAAUGCCUUGGAGCAGCAAAUCCAGUAUCAAAACGAAGAACUUGCAGCUGCCCGAAUCAACAUUCAAACACAGCAAACUAAAAUAUCUGUAAUGGAGACGUCACUACGUGAGCAAAGGAGAGAUACAGAAAAACUGCUUAUUGUUGUAAAUUUUACACUGGCUAUACUUAACUCAGAAAACAAACGAUAUCAAUCAUCUCAUGUUAGUGCUUAA